UUCCCUAGAACCUCGAGGACACCAAAGGCUCUCUAUGAGUUAAGACCAAGAUGAUUGCGUUAAACUCCAGGAUGUCAAUGUGAGGUGGAUUUUCAAAUUCAAUCGACAUUGGAAAUGACUCCAUGGAUCUGGAGUGUCUGGACUCUGUUCCUCAUUCCCAUGAUCCAAGUGGGGAGUGAUCAUCUGGUUCCGUUGGAUGUGAUCGACACGCCCGGAUCUGGGCGGGUUGUCGGUGUGGACAACUCCGAAGAGACUUUUGAAGUCGUGCCUUAUCACAAACUCUUCACAGCUUUGUUGAAGAAACUUGAACUGUUCCGUAAAUCAGAUCCCUUCCAAUCGAAUCAAGAGGAUCUAUCGUUGUUACCAAAACCUGACAGGAACACGUUCCAGCCUCAUCCCUCUCCAGAUUUGCAAGCAACCGCUCUUCCUCCAAUAUUUGACGAGUUGAACCCGAGCCUGAGUUUCAACCAUCAUGGUCGUCAGAAUGACCAGUGGCUUCCACCUUUUGAACCCACUUUGAAAUGGUUCGACCGCUCCAUGGGAAUAUUGAAAUCUUUUCCAGCUCAACCGGCGAAAAUUAGGAGAGCCUUUUUCCUCCAAGAUCCGCAAGUCUCGGAAUUUGCCGAUCUCAGUCGCAGAAACCUUUUCGCCAAAGAGCACAAUGUUCCAGUUCCAGAGGGCUCUUGUCCACGUCUCACUAAACCCAAAUGUGAUCCACUGGCGCCCUAUCGAUCCGUGGAUGGAGUUUGCAAUAAUCUCCAAAACCCAUUUUGGGGGUCAUUCCUGCACUCAUAUGAGCGCUUUUUAAAACCGGAAUACUCAGACGGGAAAGUAAUGCCUCGCGGAGCUCGUUAUGAUAGUAAAAAAGGCUAUCGUUCGGUCCUUCCAAGUCCCCGACAGAUUAGCGCCAACUUCCAUAUCAAUCGAAACAUCUCAGAUCCGACUCAUUCUCACAUGUUGAUGCAAUUUGCGCAAUUCAUCGCUCAUGAUAUCACUGGCUUGGCACGAGAUGAUUUCGAUUGCUGCAAGCCCGAGUUCCAAAGCGCGUUCCCAUGUUUCCACGUGGAUCUCCGUGGCGACGCCAUCUUCUCGCGUUUCAAUAAAACCUGCAUGGCCUUCACCCGGUCAAGUUGGAAUUGUCAGACCAAUGUUCCCUGGAUGGAGCAACUCAAUGGAGUCACCUCUUUCAUCGAUGCUUCCAAUGUCUACGGGAGUAACCCAGCGAAAUCGCUGCUUAUUCGGGGUGGAGGAAACAGACGAGGCGGAGUUCUGGUGGAGAAUCCCAAGCUGAAUCGCUUCAACAUUCCGACCCGAGCAGAUUUGGGCUUGCCAUCCAACGAUCAUGAGAGUGGGAGCGACUUCAUCUCGGGAGAUUCCAGGAAUGCGCUUCAACCCACGUUGUUAUCGUUGCACAAUUUGUUCUUGUUGGAACACAAUCGAAUUGCCCAAGCCAUCCUCAAGGCCAUGCGCGGAAAAUUGGAUCAUCUUGAUGAGAAAGAUCGGGAUGAGUUACUUUUCCAGGAAUCUCGACGGAUUUUGAUUGCGCAAGUUCAAGCAAUUGUGUUCAAGGAGUUCCUGCCUUCGAUCAUCGCGCCAGAGCAGUUGGAGAAGCACGGGGUGCAUUUCAUGGAGGAUUGCGAAUACCAACCCCUAAUCGACCCCACGGUCAGAAAUGAGUUUUCCACCGCCGCCUAUCGCUUCGGACACUCUUUGGUCCAGGAUAUCUUCCAAGGCCGAGGCCAGCCUUGGCGUCUCAGUAAUGGUUUCGCCGAUCCGACCUUCGCCAUUCGAAAUGGUGGAUUAGGAUUCGAAAACGAGAUCGCAGGGGCUUGUUCCCAAGCCCAACAAUCUGCGGAUCGAUUCAUGUCCUCCGAGCUGACCAACAAACUCUUUGCUAAUAAAAAACUCCUCGGCCAACAUGAAGCCCUGAAAGCUGCGUCGGAUUUGGCGGCCACGAACAUCCAACGAGGGAGAGAUCACGGAAUUCCGUGUUAUAACUCUAUUCGUAAGUUCAUUGGUUUGAGAUCUAUCAACUCGAUGAGGGAUCAGCCCCGGGAGAUCGCCUGGCGCAACUGGGAGACUCUGGCGAAGAUCUACCGAAAACCAGAUGACAUUGAUCUGUUCACGGGUGGAUUGGCGGAAGAUCCAUUACCAGGGGGACUGCUGGGACCCACUUUUACAUGGCUCAUUACCGAACAGUUCCGAUUUUUGAUGCACGGAGACCGAUAUUUCUUUACCCACUCCAAGGGCCCCAAUGCUCGAGGAUUGCCAAAACUGUUGCAGCGUAUGAUCAUGUCCAGGCGUUUGAGCGACAUCUUUUGCGAAAAUACACGCACCAUUUCACAAUUGCAAAGAAAUGCAUUUCUAUUGCCUCACCGAGGAAGCAAAACUAAUAAUCCUAUGGUGUCUUGCAAGGACAGCUCUCGCUCCAAAUUGAAUUUCGAUCUAAUCGCUCUAAAUAUUCUGGAGGAACGACAUUUGCUCAGUGCCAAAGAUCAAUUGAUGUUGAAAGAGGCCCUAAACGUGGAUCAUCGCGGACAAAGAUCCCAAAAUUUCAAGAAUUCCAACAAUGAAGACGAUUCCUCUUCUUGCGUGAAUUGCGAGUCUUUGCAGGCCAAGACCCCAGAAGAGAUCUCACUUGCACACAUUGGUCGUAAUAACCCCAUUAACGAAGGUGAACUUGACCAUAACCAUGAAUCAACCCGCUUAACGGAUCAACACACGUUCAAUACUUGCGAGACUUGUUCUCGCGAGGAAGUCUCUUUAGAGAACAAGGAGAAGAUGACUGGAUUCUAUGGACUCCAUGGACUCCAUCAAGAGGAACCGGAAAAGGGCAAGUUCGACAAGUUAGGAGAUCAUCAUUCAAAAGAAGACGAGUACUACUUGCCAAUUCAAGAGGAUUCCAGUUACCACAAACAUGAUGGCAUUCCGGAAUACGAUAUGCCAGACUGGCAUAGUUCCAACAAAGCCAUGAGUUUCGGCCAAACCAUCAGUAAUUACAAUGCCAGACAUCGUGAUGGCACAAGCCCACCACAGAAUUCCCAAUACAUCUCGAAAUUCUCGGACGAAACUUCAAUCCUUGACAAUGACGUCGAUCUUAUGCACCAAAGUGAAUCAUUUCAACCUGAAUUUUCCAUUCCACACGACAACGAUAUGUCGCAUGAAACGACACAGAGCCAUUUGAACAUGGCAGAACAAACGUCAUUAUUACAGUCCAAUGAAGGUCACGAGCCAAGCCAUUUCAAGUACGAGACACAAGGAAAGGAUUUCAAUCCCUUGGCACCGACACGAUUUUUCCAGCCAAUGAAAUCCAUGACUGCAAACUACGUCUCGUUUCCAACUCAAAGCAACUCAUGGGGCAAUGGCGAAAGCUUGGACCAAGUGCAGCCGGAUGAUUUCGAACCAAACAACCGUGGAGAUUUAAGUCCGUCUGGUUCUUACCACGCUGACGUUGAUUCAACAACAGGCUCAAUGGAACAGAUCGCACAAGGUGACCAAAUUGAGCCCGAUUUGAGCCUUCUCGACGAUAAGAAUCGCUUUGGGGAUAAUCAUUCAUUUAAUCGGGAAUCCAACGAAGGUCGUUGGGAUGAUUUGGAAACUGAUCCACAAUUUGCAGUUCAAUCUAGUUCAAAGGAAGACAUUCAAUCAGAUAGUCUACCUUCGCACGAAUAUCCCCCGUCGAUCGAGUCUGACAAUAGACAAGAUUGGGCUAUGAAGGAAAACAUGAUCGCUUCAACCGAGUCAGUCGAGGAGCAAUUUGAACUUGACUCUGCACCACUAGAUAACCAAAUGGAGCCCACAUUUGACUCCAGAUUUUUCUCAAAUGGGGGCCAAAUGGCCACUCUGGGUACUGAUAGCCCGCGUGUGAAUCGCUUUCAAAAUGACGCCAUCAACUCGGAGUUUAAUGGUAUUUCUCCCAAUGGAAUGGGAGUCGAAACAACGGAAUGGAGUUCCGACGACCAAAUAAUGGUCAAUGACCAUUCAAAUGAAGAGAGCUUCCUUCAUAGCGAGUCCAAUCAACCCAACUCUAAGCAGACUGAUGGGUUUCCCAUGCUUCAGUCUGAGCGCGUCACCGCUGAAGAAACCGUUCACCAUCGGAACGCGAUGACUUCACCUGAUAUGGAACUAUUACAUCCCAUUGAUGACAUUCCUCGAGCAGAUCGUGUUCGUGAGAUGAAUGAAGAUCAAGACUCGGCCGUGGCCAUGACAGAGGUCAAACCGGAUUCAGCCAUGGUGAAGUCCGAGGUCUGGGGCGGUUUGGAGGGCAACAUGGAAGUGGAAUGGAACUCAUUGCUCUCGGAUCGGGUCAUGGAACAUCACAACGAGCCAGUGGGAUCGGAGGGCCAAGACACGAAUGAGUGGCACCAAAAUGACAUGGAGGGUGGGGAUGAGAUUGCUUGGGAAGUGCCAACCGAUCAGCAGGAGCAAGUUGGUUCGCCAAGCCAGGAUAUGGGUGACACUUGAAAGAGACCUCGUUGAACUCCCCAUCCCCCGAUCAAUGAUACUUAAUAAAUCGUGGAGUAAAUAA